UUCUUGUAUAAAGGUUGCUCUGUUUUUUGGAGGGAAAAAAACAGGGGAAGAAGAAAGGAAAACAGAGUCUUCCGUUUUUCUUUUUUCUUCUUUCGUUUCUCAAUUAGAUUAAGAAAAAAAAAAAAAAGAUUAGAACUUUAUCUAGGGAGGAAUAGGGGGGGAUAUAGAUAGAAAGAAAUAGAAUGGCGAAUUCGGAAGCUCCGGCGGCCACCGCCAUUCUUCUCCUUGUCUCGGCCGUCGUCCUCGCCGCUUCUUCUUCCUGCAGCGCUCACCUCCUGCCGCCACAUCCCGGCCACCAUGACCCCAACGAGAAGGUCUUCAAUGUCCUCCAGUUUGGCGCCAAACCCGGUGGCAAAAAAGACUCCGCCUUGAAUGUGAUCAGGACGUUCAGGGCAGCCUGCGAUACGCCGGGGAAAUCGAGGGUGGUGAUUCCGCCCGGUGAAUUCCUGGCCGGCUCGAUGGUGUUCGUCGGACCGUGCAAAGGUCCGGUCCUGUUCCAGAUCAUCGGGAACAUGAAGGCCGUCGACGAUCCCUCGGCUUACGCCGAAGAUUUCUGGAUGUCGUUUGAGGAUGUGGACGGGCUCACUGUUUGUGGCACAGGCACCAUUGAUGGGCAGGGACAGAAUAUGUGGCCGUACAACAACUGCGGCAAGAGCGGUGGCACCUGCUCUCCCUUCCCUGCUAACAUCAAGUUCAACAGGGUGAAGAACACGAUCGUGAGGCAGUUAACGUCGAUGAACCCGAUGGGAUUCCACAUCGGAAUCGUCCUGUCAGACAACGUCAGGGCGAAGAAUCUGCACCUCAUCGCCCCCGCGGAUAGUCCGAACACGGAUGGGAUCCACAUCAGCCAGUCCAAUCUGGUGAAGGUGACGAGGAGCACCAUCGAGACAGGGGACGACUGCGUCGCUGCGAUUCAGGGGUGCACUGAAGUUGCCAUCAAGAAGGUCACCUGCGGGCCGGGUCAUGGCAUCAGCGUAGGGAGCCUCGGGAAGUACCCCGAUGAGAAGGACGUCAGAGGAAUCACUGUCAAGAACUGCACAUUGAAGAACACCGAUAAUGGGAUCAGGAUCAAGACCUAUGCCGGGUCGCCUCCUAGCCAGGCAUCCAGGAUGGUUUUUGAAGACAUUGUUAUGGAGGAUGUUAAGCACCCCAUUAUCAUUGAUCAACACUAUGGUCCCAAAUCCGGAGGGCAGCCAUCUCAAGUGAGGAUCAGCGACGUGCAAUUCAACAACAUAAGGGGGACGACGGUCUCGAACGUGGCCAUCGAGCUUGAUUGCAGCGAGAAGGUACCUUGCGAGGGGAUUCGGUUCGACAAUGUCGAUCUCAAGUACAGCGGAGAGAGCAAGAAGCCGUUCGUCACCACUUGCAGCAAUGCCAAAGUGAGCUUCCAGGGCGUCCAGUUCCCUCCGCCGUGCCCAUGCUCAAAAUAAAUAAACGAGAGUUGCUAACAUAUAUAACCCCUGCACUUCCCAGAUAUUGUUCUCUUCUAACCUUUCCUCCACCUCCGCCGCCGGUGAGUCUGUGGAAAGACAACAUUUGUUUGAUUUAAUGCCUGUAAAGUGUAAACAACAGAUGAGGUGAAAACAGAGGAAAGAAAAGUUUAUACAUAAUUAACUGUUACGAAAGAACGGACUACUGUUGCGAGCGAUUGACUACUAGUACGACAGCUUAUCGUGACGAAUCCGGGUGAUUCGGCUGAAUCUUAAGCCGUGGGAAGCAAACAAUGAAGCUUUCUGGGUAUUUCAGAGUAACGAGGAUCGUUUCACUUCUGCUGUUCUAAGUUCCAACGGUUAUAUACUUAAACUUAAGCAACCUAGUAACUGUCUAGAGUGGCAGUUGGUUCACACUUCACAUCCCUCCAGCCCCACUAACCAUUCUAAUUAGUAAUAUGACCAAUUCAAACCCAAUUCUCAGAAAAAUAAACGUGCUGAUAACUUCCAGGGUAAUUCAAACUUCAGAU